CGAGCCAUUCAUUACAUGCUGCAACUCAAAAUCGAUGAGGUUUCGAACAGGGCAGGACUCCCGCUGUCAGGGACAUGUCAGAAAAUCCACCGACUGCGACAUUCCUCAAUGGGACUGGUUUUUUCAAUCGCUUAGCUUAAUUAAUUACUGGGACGCAAUCAGAGUGGUACUGAUGGUGAAGUAGGUUGCGGGAUUAGAGCUCAAAAUGAGAUUCGAGCCUGGACUGCGAGUCUCAUCGGAAGGAAUUGCGUGAGUUUCCAUCGCCGUGGACAAUGCGUGCAGCCCCCGCUGGACAAGGAGCAUGCAGAAAACUAGGCAUAAGCCCCAGGCAUCUGCCGAGUAUACGCGAGGAUGGGUGCAGAGCAUUGAGGGAGCAGUGUACAGGGGCAGCCGAAGGUGGGGUGUUAACAACAUUGUUUCCCCAACUGCAAGCGACGGGGAACAUGCGGACAGGUGCACCUGAGCGUAGACUGCACAGCAAAUUUGAGCUCCAUGACUUGAGACCUUGACAGCUUCCGUGAGAAUCAGUCGGUGUAGCACCCAGACACUGAGGCGCAAAGUGAUGAAAACUGCAAAUUGCACUGUGGACCUUCGAUCACAAUACAGAGGCUGACAGGGAGAGAACCUACUAUAAUAAUAAUGCAAAGACCGAGAGAUCCGGGAGCGCCAAGUCCAGCACCACUUGUGGACGAGAGCCAGCUCAACCCUUGGAAAGCGAUUGAUGUUCGAAUGGAGUACAGAAAAGGUUACUUCUCGAUGCUCGCUUUGACUAUGUCAGCCUAUGUCAACGACGAGCAUCAACCUACUUUUUCUAUGAUUGGAUUUUCUACGGAGCUAGCCCACGUCCCCAAGUCGAACAGUGCUGCCAACACCUUGGCAACAGCUCCGUUAAGCAGAUGGGACGGAGCAAGCAGCUGCAGCUCGGGGACAUGCCCAUGCAGUCCAGAGGAGUCGCGUCCGAUUUUGGAGAUGGAAAGCAAAUGGCCCAUAAAACGUUCGACGCUGGCAGAGGAGCGUUUGAAGGGCAACCCGCCAGCUGCUUCAGUGGAAUCCCGUGGGUAGACCAAUUCCUGUCGGAUGUCCACUGCAAGAAUGCGACAGCAACGGAAGGGCUCUAAGAGCAGUCGGUCAACGCUUUCUUGUGCUGCGAGGUUCUGAUCAACUCGCUUGAUGAGAAGUCCAAGACCCGGAUUUGAGAUUGAUUGUCUCAUCAAUCGUAAACUGCACUCCCGACGUCCUGUUGAAUUCACUCAAUCCAUUCAAGGAUCGAGGUUCCCUCCUUCGCUAUGGAGAUGUUUCGCAACCGAAGAUCGAAAGUGGUCGGUCACAUGAGGAAUUAUUCCCCGAAUGUCUGCUACAGAGCUUAGGCGUUGUGCUAGAUAUCGACCGGCAUCAGAUAUAAUGGUUGUGUGCUGAUUUGUCUUCUAGAAAUCUAAGAAUGGAGCUCGAGACAGAUAACCACCUUGUACAUGGUGUUGGAUGCUCCAAUUGUGUGGAAUUUGGCUGUUGGUUUGAAGAUUUCCAAAGUCCAGAACUCUGAGCGCCUCAGAGUUUUCGACAGGAUCAUGGCAGCUAGUAUCACCGUACACGCGUUAGCAGCAGUGCAUAGUCUCGGGGAAUCUCUUCUAAACUUGGGAAUUGGCAUUUACAAAAAGAGCCCACAAUUGGACGACUUUGCGUCGAAGAUCGACGAGCUCCACUAUAAGGAGCCCGAAUGGAUAGAAUUGCUGACCAACGGAGUGGGCAGCGAAUCCAGUAUUCACAAGGUGCUGCGAGCGUCCUUGGGCGUGCUGGGAAAGGAAGAAAAGCGGCUGGAGAAACGUCGCAACAGCACGGCCUUGUUGUGCUGGGCGGGCCACAAGCCGGUGGAAUUCUCUCCACAUUUGACAGAGUGCGUGCAGAGGGUCAUAACAGAGUUUGACACGCUGCUCAUCGACAGAUCUCGGAGCUUAGAUCUUUGGGAUGUGAACACAACGCCUCGCCUUCGUCCCGACGAGAGGUACGUCAAGCAGGAAGAGAUCCUCGAGGAAGUCCGAGAUGCCAUCGAGGAUCCGGACGGACCUCGCAUUGUGGUAGUCCACGGAGGGCCAGGGCUGGGAAAAUCGAGCCUCGUCCGACAUCUGGCCAACGAGUAUCAGAGAAAGAGCGAGCCUCUGGACUUGGACUUGAGCCUCACCUCGGGGGCGAAGUUUCGCAAUUCCGAGGCAUUCGAAGGAUUUCCGGAUGGGGUCGUGUAUCUGGAUGCCGGAGUCGGAGCUGACACUCUUGCGAAGCACAUGAAGCUCUUGCAAGCGACAGGGGGAUCGAUUGCGGUCCUCGAUCAUGGCCGCAACGGCAUGAAUUUUCCCAAGGGAUUGGAAAUCCGCCGGCGCUUACAGACUUGGCUCAGAGAAAAGAAUCUACUGGUAAUCGUAGACGACGUGGUAGAAGUUGAAUUUCUCGAGCGGCUAGUGGUGGCAGGAGCACCGGGAGUCAAGUACUUGGUCACGUCCGAGCUGAAGAAGGAGUUCUGGGACCGCAUGACAGACGUGGACGUCAUUGAGUUGAAGAACAUGGAACCCCGAGACGCUCGCCAACUCCUUGCUAAUCACAUUGGCAUGCCUUGGGGCCAGAUUCCACCACGCAUGGAGGAAAUAGCGGAUGACAUCAUACAAAAGUUGGACUCCAAUCCUCUGCUCUUAACCGACAUUGCAAUGACCAUUAGCAGGCAGAGGAGGGAAGACGUAGAGGAGUGGAGAGCAGCGAAGGAAAAUCUGCUAGAUUUGAUCUUCAAGGAGAAUGUGGUGACCUUCGGUUUACAGUCCAAUUAUCCAAAGUGCGCUCCGUGCACCAUGACUAUGGCUUUAAACAGUCUACCCGAUGAGCCCAAAACGCUUCUGCUCUUGGUUGCAGCUUGCAGAGGACCCACUGUUCCGGAGGUGGUGCUGAAAAUGCUAUUUAAGAAACACGUCGGGCGCCUGCUCAGAUUCUACGAGUGGAAGAAGCUCCUGGAAGAACGAGACCUGGUAAGGAUUCAGGACAAGAAUUCUACUAACACUAGCUGGUCUGUCCACACUAUGCGCAAGAAGUUCACUCUUGAAAAGAGGCGUUCAGAACUCGUUUGGAUCAUGGAGUGCAUGUUCAGAGAAAGCGACCAACUUGAUGGAAUUUUGUACACUGAAGAGGAGAGACUCUUGGCAUCUGUAUGUGCUCUGUACGGCGAUGACAAGGUGUCUGAGAUAGGGUUCCAGAAGUUGAAAGUGCGAUUUGACAUAGGGGAGGUUAGGCGAAUUGCGAUGGAACCGAUCAUGUGGCUUCUGGAUGUGGAACCUCAAGUCGACUGGAAGCGAAGGGCGUAUCGCCUUGCCAGGCAGGCAUUCCUACGCUUUGUUUCUCAAGGACACCUGGAUGACGAAAGCAUCACUGGACUCUUGGCCAUACCACUAGCAGCUGCGGCCGCUUGCACGACCAUUGAAGCCAUAGCAAACAUCAGUUCAGAACGCUUGCUGAAACCUCGCGGCUCAGGCAUCUUGGAUGGUCUGCUGACCCUGCUGACCACAGAAGCCAUUCCCAGUGACCAGAAAGCAGCCGCAUCUGCUUUGGGCGCCCUUGCAGUGAGAAACUACGACAUCAUACUGGCACACCCGCUGAUCCUGGAAAGAUUGGUGGACUUGCUGGACAAGAGUUUCAAUCCUGUUGUACAAGCGAGCGCAUUGGUGGCAUUAGGAAACUUGGCCCAGUCAUCAGAAAGUAUAACCCUAAUAGGAGGGUACCCUGGAAUGCUGGAAGGCCUUGUCGAGCUCCUCGACACUUUCGUCUCCAAGGAAGCUGCCUACACCAUGGCGAGGAUGACAUGUAUCCAGAGCAGCUUUCAUGCGGACAUCGCAACGUACUCACUAGCCGUCGACAGGCUUGUGCAACUAUCCCGUGACAGGGAUGUGAGUGGGGAGACAAAAGCGUAUGCAGUGCGAGCCCUGGCGAACCUUGCCUGGACGAAUGAAGCAACUCUGGACUUGGCAGACUGCCCAGGUAACUUGAAGGCCAUGGUGGAAUUGCUGGACGAUGACUUGAACCCAGAGGUGCAAGAACAGGCUGCGAGAGUUCUAGCAGGACUCGCCGCUCUUUCUUACGAGAAUAAAGUGAGAAUCGGAGCUAUCCCUGAGUCCAUCCCGAACCUGAUCAGGUUGAUAUCUAUAGAUGAGAAUCAUCAUGUGCAAGAGGCAGUAGCGGUAGCUUUGGAGUACCUUGCAUUGGCUCAGGAAAAUAGGAGAAUAAUCCUCCUCCUACCUGAGACUUUAGAGACUUUCCAGAAGAUGCUGACUGAGGAUGUGAUGAUGACCAAGAAUCUUCAAACGUCUGUGGUGGGGCUGGUAGCAACACUCUUGGAGGUGAAUGAAGAUGUAGUUGCAUUCUCAGGAGCAGUAGACGUGUUGGUUGGGUUGUUAGCUUGUAGAGAUUCUACUGCCGACCUGCAACAGCAUGCGGCAAGAGCGUUGGCAAAUCUCGCUGCGCAGGGAGAAGCACAGAAGUUGAGCAUUGCUGCAACACCAGGUGCCAUCGAAAACCUCCAGGCGUUACUGGCAAAGCAAGUGAGUGAAGAAGUGCAACAUCAAGCUCUCAAGGCUUUGGCCAACCUCGCUGUAGCUCCUAGAAACAGGGUAAUUCUUUCUUCGAGUCCGGGUCUUGUGGACAGGCUAUUGGAUUUUCUGGGCAUGGAAGUCCUCCCGAGUUUACAGCUGCACGCGGCAAGGGCCUUCACCUUUUUGGAUCCAGAUCAAUCCAAAGGCACGACACUACACGCCAUUCAAGCUUGCUACGGCCGAGGCGAGGCUUUGAUGGAGAUGGAAAUGUAUGAAGAGGCCAUGGCAGACCUUAACAAAGUUGGAGAACUCAAACCACUGGAUACAUUUUUCAUGAGGAGGAGAAGCUUUGCGAAAGCGAUGCUGAAGGAUUACCAAGGAGCGCUUCUGGAUGCUGAUAAGGCUGUGGAGCUUCAACCACUGAUAGCUAUUCUUUGGCAAGAGAGGGGAAUACUGAAGCAACUGACCGGAGACCUGGAAGGUGCACUUAACGACUUGGAGAGAGCGUUGGAACUGACUAGUGAUGAUUACGAAACCAUAAAACAUAGAGGUUAUGUAAAGUUUUUGCUGAAUGAUGAAAAAGGAGCACGGGAAGAUGCUGAGAAAGCGCUGCAGAUCAUGUCCUCUCGGGAUGCUGUGAGGAACAUGAAGAGGAUGCCUUCUCACAUCGAUGCGGGCAGAGACAGAGAAAGAUUUCUAGGACGGCAUGCUAUAUCCUAUUUAGGCUACGACUUGAGAUGAUUUGGCGAGAUAGACAGACGAGAACUCUGAAGUACAGUUUCUCCCACUUUCAGACUGAAGAAAAGAGAGAUUUUCCUUUUGCAUUGGCACAGUUUUGGUUCCAAAAUUUCAGUCUCAGUGCAACGACCUGAUCACCGGAAUAUGUGCUCUGCACCAAACGAGCCAACUGUGGACCGGACAGAACACAGGUCUCAAUCCCAAUAUACUGCCCAGUACAUGACUGUUUGGGGAAGUACGAGGGGACCUAGUAAGUAAAUCUCUGCAGGUUGUCAGAAGGUAGACCUUACCAACGGUUGAAGGUCACAGGGGUUUUGGAGAAGCUGCUCGGUAUGGGCUAGUCCUGUGCGUUCCUCGUCACCGAGAUCCAGUCUUCUACACAUCCUUAAGCUUGAUAGGACCUCUUCUGGAGUUUCAAUCAACCAUUACCUCAGAUUAGUUGCAGUUCUUUAAUCGAUCAACUAUAUUUUAAGACCAUGAGUUAGUAAAUUGUCUCCAUGACACCAUUCCUUUUACCUGUCAGUUAGAGUAGCAUCGUAGUCAGUACUCAUAUGAAAAGGACCUUGUGCAUAUGAUGAAGCAGCUAUCCGGUUCCUUGCUCUGAAUAACACGUCUAGAUUUAGACAGUGUCCACUCUGAGCAUUUUUGGAGAUAUACGUUACACUGGAGAGUCCAUCCAUUGACCGGAUCUAAAUGCUGUCCCGAUUGGAAGCUCGACCGUUACGGGUGAACUUGUCAGCAGCAGCACUUGAGAGCAUCUACAUGAAGAUUGCCACGAGAUGGUGAAUCUAUUCUACCCAGUUUGCUGUCUUUCUUCAGACUCGUGGUAGACAUCACCAAGAGAAGAACAAACACGGAUCUGGCGGGAUCAAGAACACUCUCUUGAUCUUUUACUCUGGCAGGAUGUGUCAUGGCUUUUGGGCUCUUACUCAACGGACCUACCCGGUUUCGCAAGACUGAGUUCGAGCUAGCAGACGGAUGAUGAUCAGCUAGAGGAAGCACGCAGCACCCGGUGGUACAGUAGACACUGCGUGUACGGAGUAUCAUUCAGGAGGUUAAGCGACCAAAUAGUCACCCUCAGAGUUCUUCUAGACAGAAGCCUCUGUUAACACAAUUUCGUCACAUGUGCAAUAUAGAUUCUUUAGCAAAUGUGUACAGUCUCACUACGAUGUAGCAGAAACUAGAUGCAUCAAACGACUGCAACAUGAGCUCCCUAACGCGAUGCAUUAGGAUCUGUAGCACGAAGAUCACAAAGCCUCGCAGAAAAAAGCAAUGUCCGAUCGACGACCAGGAAAUAUCAAACGUUUCACAAGUUCCAAUUGGGUCCAGACUCCAGAGAGCAUGUCGAAUUUCAAAAGUCCAAAGAGUUGUCAUGAUCAGUUGUCAAGUCUUUUGUGCCAGCAGACGUCCCAAAUUUUGCACGCUCAUCCUCUUCGUUGAAAGUCUUUUACUGCACAUCUUUAUUGCAGUCUGUUGAU